AUGGAAAACGAAGAAGAAGAAGGAUCCCAUCAGCAUCAGCAACAUCGCAUCUGCGACUAUUGCGAGACCUCCGUGGCUUUAGUCUACUGCAAAGCUGACUCUGCGAAGCUCUGUCUGGCUUGCGACAAUAAAGUCCACGUCACCAACCAGCUCUUCUCGAAACACUUCAGGUCCCUUCUCUGCGACACUUGCCACGACUCUCCCUCUUCCGUUUUCUGCGACACAGAAAGCUCUGUGCUUUGCCAGAACUGCGACUGGCAACACCACACCUCCUCCUCCUCUCUUCACAGCCGCCGACCCUUGGAAGGCUUUUCUGGCUGUCCUUCCGUGACUGAGCUACUGGCACUCGUGGGCCUCCAUGACCUCACUGACAAAGCUCUGUUCCUUCCCGAUUCCGGAGGAUCGGACCAGACCCCUCCGCAGAUCCUUAGCCUCAACGAUCUGGUUGUUUCGGACGGGUCGAGUCACAAUUACAGGGCCAUGGAUGUUCCUCCUCUCCCUAAGAAUCGGCACGCCACCUGCGGGAGAUACAAAGAGGAGAUGAUGAGACAGCUCCGUGAACUAUCGAGAUCGGAGCCUAGUUGUCUCAAAUACGAGACCCUUGAUGAUGAACUCGGUGGAUUCCUGUUUCUAGAACCGGGCAACGAUCUGUUUUCUUCUACAUUUGAAUCUCAGGUGAAAUGGUUCGAGGAUCAACAGGAGGAAGACUAUUCUCCCUAUUUAGAUGAUGAUAAUAAUCAUAAUAAUGUGAUCCUGAGAGACAGCUACACUCAACAACAACAAGACUCAUCAUCGUCGGUGAUGGUUCCGGUUUCCACUAGUACUACAACAACAAGGUCGACGACACAUGAGAUCAACAGUCUUGAGAGAAACUCUGCUCUCUCUCGCUACAAAGCCAAGAAGAAAUCUCGAAGGUACGAGAAGCACAUCAGAUAUGAAUCACGCAAGGUUCGUGCAGAAAGCAGGACAAGAAUCAGGGGACGUUUCGCUAAGUCACACCCAUAA